AUGACAAACGGGAAGAAGUUUAUACUUUUAUAUGUUGUUUCAGCAGAUGGAUACUGUGACGCUUGUACUGAUCUGUAUCCAGAAUUUAUCACUGUAGCUAGUUUAUUUGCCAGAGAAAAGAACAUAUUCUUUGGUAAAGUAUCAGACUCUAAGCUCAUUGAUAUGCUGGAUAUUAAGGAGUUUCCAUCCGUAGUGUAUUAUGAGCAUGGAAGUGCUUCCCAUCAACCGCUGUUGGGUGAUAUAAGUAUAGACAACCUCGUGAGCACGGUUAAGAAGGGAAUGAGAGGUGAUUUUUCUGACAUCCAAAUAAAAUACACCGUACCGCUAACAGACAGUACGUUUGAGGAGUGUAUCGCCAAUCCUAGGCAACAUGCUUUUAUCAUCGUCUAUGACAAAGAUUCGGCGUCAACGGCUGAAGCGGAACUAAAACUUUUUGAAGAUCUUGCAAUGACGUUUAAGCAUGACGAAGAGUUGUUAAUUGGCAGCAUCAACGCUACAAAAGAGAUUAAGCUUGCGGGAGAUUUCGCUGUCAAACGGUACCCGGCGUUCUACUGGUAUGGGAAAGGUGACAAGUCAAUCCGAAAACGGUAUGGCGGUAGAAUGGAUAUCGAUGAGCUGCUCGCAUUUGUUAACGACCAGACAAACCUUGACCGGAAGUUGGGCGGAGAACUGAUGGAAUCCGCCGGUCGAGUCCCAGAGCUGGAUACACUGGUGGCAAUGUACAUCGAUGACAUCAUGGAAGGCGUAGAAUUGGAAGCUGCUAUUGCUGACGCUAAGGAAUACGCCAAGAACGCUAAAAUCAACAGAAAGUACGCUCCUUACUAUGUAACUCUGCUGAAGAAGAUCAACGAUGCGGGGAAAGUGGAAGUGAUAGACGAGGAGAGAGACCACCAGGUCAAGUUGUUAACAAUAGGUGAACUGACUCCGAAGCAGAAGGAUGAUCUGAUGAGAAAGAGGAAUAUUCUGCAUCGCUUUGUGGAUGAGAUGGCCAUGAGGCUGAUCGAUGGGGAUCGCGAAACCGUCAGGGUUGUGAGAGGAAACAAACAAAACAAGGCCAAGAAAUCCGAUCACGUUCAACACGAUGAUCUCCAUCAAGAGUUGUAGCGUGUAGUUUACAUAGCGUAUAUACAUAUAGACUUAUUGUUUUUGAAUCAUGCAACUCGACGAUUUUUAAGGGCAGGGAUACAUCUGUGUGCAUAUAAACAUCAUGUCUCAUAUCGUGCAGUGGAUAUAUGUAUACUCAUUUCUGAAUCAGAAACGGUCGUGCGCAUUUACAGCCUGAAGUUUUAGAUUCUGCUCCAGGCAUGUGUACGUAAAAUCAUGUACAUGUAUGUGUGGAUGCGUUUCUAAUUGUUUAAUUUAAUAGUAGAAAAUUAAAAAUUUGAAGUUGCGUCUUUUUUUUUUUGCGUCCAAGCAUAUGCUUAAAAGGUGCAUGCCUGUGUCAUUUGCUUCAUCGUUAUUACUCGCAUCAAUGGACUCCAAUGGCUCUUCACACGUGGUUGAUUGCUAGAUGUUACACGGUUCUACAAUAAAGUAAGACACCCUGUAAACGGGCCUUAGAUAAUUUAAUGUGUUUACAUGCCGCCAUAAUCGGCGAAGUAUAAAGUGCCAAGUAAUGGCUUUAUUACGCAUGCUUAAUUCACCGUCCUAUAUAAUUCCAGUCAUUUCUAUAAGAUACUGUCCUCGGUACACGUAGCCUAUAAUGUAUCGAUACAUUUCUAGUUUACCAUUCAGCUCAUUAGAAUGUGGAUCCUUCUGAAUUCAGGGAAUUUUCAUAAUUAUAAGAAUUUAGAUGUGUUCCAUUUUCGUGUGUAAGUAUUUCGUUACGCUGUGUUUACUUGCUAGAUUUACAGUAAGAACUGAUUGUAUGAACAUAUACGACGAGAGCUUUCUACUAAAAUCACGUGACCACCGUGCGAUUUGGCUCUGUUUUGUACCAUUUACAUUCCCUGUUCCUAUAUAUACCUAUAGUGAUAAUACUGAAAGACGUGGUUUCAACUAUAUGUAAAUGAAUGCAUGGCCGUAUAUAGAAUAUAGCCUAUGUCUUCUGACUUGCUAUAUCCCCGUGUUGUGUACUACAAAAU